CGGUGUGGAACGCUCAACCAUUGACGUUAAGCUUCGUGUCAGUAUAAUGGCGAGGGGAGUCUUUUCGCUUCUCUUUAGGACCGGAAUCGGAAGCGGAAGUGGCGGCGGCGGAGGCAACGGCGACGUAUUCGGCAAGCUGCUCUCCGACAUCUUGGUUUGCCCUCUCUCUAGGCAAGCCCUCAGAUAUUGUCCCGAUUCCCAGUCCUUAAUCAGCGAUUCGAUCGGCGUCUCUUUCCCGAUAAUAAAUGGAAUCCCUUGUUUGGUACCUAAAGAUGGAAAAAUUCUAGAAGAUCAAAUCAAAUCGACAGGCAAUGACGAUUCAGCUGGUGCUGAUAGUGGAAUUUGAAGAUAUCAUACUUCAAGUUUUGUAAAGACGAGGUUCUUCACACUUGGUAGGGAAUUUCAGGGUUUGAUUUUGUUUUCUCAUUCCGCCAACUCCUCUAAUUGCAUACUUUGGUUCAAAAAUACAGUCUUAGUUAUGCCUUAACAAGAUGUACUUGGAAAGAAAAUUAUUGGAGAAUUUUCUUGGUAUCGUAUUCUUCUGUAACUUGUUUUUUUUUUUUCCUUCGACAGUUAAAGACAGUUUUCUUGAUUCAAUCUAACUAAAUAAAAUUACAUUUGUGGUGGGAGUAGCA